CCUAUAUUUUUCGAGAAAAUUAAAGACUGUGUUCUUUUAAUAAAAUGGUGGGCAGAGUAUAGGACUAGACUGUGUUUGAAGAAAUACUGUUAACGCAGAAAUGAGGAACUCAGUUGCUCCAUUAUUUGCAGUGUUGAGCCUAGUUCUUGUCAGUUCUCAAGAUAUAAAUUUCGGGGACUCUAAACCAGAGGAGGAGCAGGAGGGAGAUACUCAGACGGAUACGAGACUGCUCGGAAUCAUCCCUGGCAUAACGAGUGGAAACGCUGAGACAGAUAAUCUUAUCAAUGGUGGUUUACUUGGAGCUGGUUUAGUAGGAGGAGCUGGUCUUCUCACUGGAGCCAUUCAAAUACCUUGCGGUAGAAGGAAAAGACAGGCUGAUGGAACAAACACUAAAUUUUUUGGUAAUAACUGUAACAACCCUUGUGGUCGAAGAAAAAAACGACAGGCAGAUAAUGAAGAAGAUGAUACUGUAAAUGAAAGAUUUUUUCUUCCCGGGGGUAACAACAAUUGCGGAGGAGGAUUUAAUACAAACAGUUUUGGAAACAAUGGCGGGUUUAAUAAUGGCGGAUUCAACAAUGGUGGAUUCAACAAUGGCGGUUUUAAUAAUGGUGGAUUCAACAACAACAAUGGGGGAUUCAACAAUGGUGGAUUUAAUAACAACAAUGGUGGAUUCAACAAUGGCGGAUUUAACAAUGGUGGAUUCAACAAUGGUGGAUUUAACAACAAUGGCGGACUGGAUACUGGAUGUGGCUGUCAAUGCCGACCUGAUAUAUUUUUUGAGUCAAAUGGUCGUAUUCAAGGAAACUGUAGAACUCCUGACAGUACAGGUCGUCUUUGGUGCUACACAACUGGAUAUGAGGGAACAUGUGGUGAUCUUCAGCCCUCUAAAAGGUUUCCACAGAACCCCUGGUCAUACAAUGCUUGCAAUGCUCAACUUCAAUGCCGCACUACUAAUUCUAGAACUGUUGCCAGGGACUGCAAGGGAAGACCUAAAGAUGAUGAAUAUUUUGGAUGUGGUUGUGAGAACAGGAGGAAGAGACAACUCUCAUUCGGCGGAGAUCAAUCCUCUUCAGAUAACGAUAGGUGCGCAGAGGCAGCUUUGACUGGAAGAAUUGCUCAAACCCCAGAAAAAUAAUUGUGUAUAUUUUUUAAAGGAAUUGAGUUUUUGG